AUGUCUUAUGCAUGCAUUUUCAAAUACAUAAUAAUCGGAGACACUGGAGUCGGAAAAUCAUGCAUUCAACUUCAAUUCACUGACAACCGCUUUCAACCCGUCCACGACGUCACUAUUGGUGUGGAAUUCCGUGUAAGGAUGAUCAGCAUUGAUCAGAAACCAAUCAAGUUACAAAUAUGGGACACGGCGGGUCAAGAAAUGUUCAGAUCGAUAAUAAGAUCAUACUAUAGAGGAGCAGUAGGUGCAUUGCUUGUUUAUGAUAUAACAAGGAGAGAAACAUUUGAUCACUUGGCUUCUUGGUUAGAAGAUGCAAGGCGACAUGCGAAUUUGAGUAUGACCAUUAUGUUGAUCGGAAACAAGUGUGAUCUCAUUAAGAAGCGCGUUGUAAGUACUGAAGAAGGCGAGAAGUUUGCCAAGGAGAAUGGUUUGAUGUUCAUGGAGGUUUCUGCGAAAAGUGCAGAAAAAGUUGAAGAGGCGUUUGUGAAAACAUCUGUAAAAAUAUGUAAAAAGAUUAAGGAUGGAGAAUAUGAUGCGUUCAAUGACAUUAAUGGAAUUAAAAUUGGAUAUGGUAGUAAACCAUCAGUAGCAUUCAACAGUAAUGGAAUUAAAAUUGGAUAUGGUAGUAAACCAUCAGUAGCUAGGGCUCAUAAGCUCCCUUGUGUUUCUGCAAGUGGCUGCUGCACUUGA